CAACAGAACUCAGCGGUCAUGGCCGGUAGUCUGACCCACCACGGCUCCCCGAACCUCGGCUACACCCCCAACAACGCGGUCCCGGUGCCUAUUAUGACGCAGACGGACUCAAGAGACAAAUGGAGCAAAAAGAUGGACUUUCUCCUGUCUGUUGUGGGCUUUGCUGUGGACCUUGGCAAUGUUUGGAGGUUUCCGUACAUAUGUUACCAAAAUGGUGGCGGAGCUUUCCUUAUUCCUUAUAUUCUGAUGGCCAUCUUCGGAGGAGUGCCACUCUUUUACAUGGAGUUGGCACUAGGGCAAUUCCACAGAACCGGAGCCAUAUCCAUAUGGAAACACAUCUGCCCCAUUUUCAAAGGUAUAGGAUAUGCCAUUUGCAUCAUAGCCCUGUAUGUUUCCUUCUACUACAACACCAUCAUCGCCUGGGCCCUCUUCUACUUCUACUCCUCCUUCUCCACCAUCUUGCCAUGGACAAACUGCGACAAUGCAUGGAACACCGCUAACUGUACCAACUACUUCGGCAUUGACAACGUCACAUGGACCGAUUCAUCCAGAUCUCCAGCAGAGGAAUUUUACACGAGGAAUGUCCUCGAGAUCCAUAAGUCAUCGGGUCUGACAAACGUGGGAGGUGUUCGUUGGCAGCUGAUGCUCUGCCUUUUUCUUAUUUUCACCAUAGUUUACUUCAGUCUCUGGAAGGGGGUGAAGACCUCUGGGAAGGUUGUAUGGGUGACUGCCACUCUGCCCUACAUUGUUCUUUUCAUUCUGUUAAUCCGUGGUGCCACUCUGCCGGGGGCUUGGAGAGGGGUUGAGUUUUACCUCAAACCUCAGUGGGAGAAGCUACUGGAGACCAGUGUGUGGGUGGAUGCUGCUUCUCAGAUCUUCUUCUCCCUUGGUCCUGGCUUUGGAGUGCUCCUGGCCCUCUCCAGUUAUAAUCCUUUUACUAACAACUGCUAUCGAGACGCCAUUGUGACUAGUUUGGUGAACUGUUUGACCAGCUUUGUGUCAGGGUUUGUGAUCUUCACAGUGCUGGGCUACAUGGCAGAGAUGAGGCAGGUGAAGGUGGAGGAUGUGGCCAGAGAUAAAGGACCCAGUUUACUUUUCAUCACAUACCCCGAGGCCAUCGCCAACAUGAUGGGUUCCACAUUUUUUGCUAUAAUUUUUUUUGUGAUGAUGAUCACUCUGGGACUGGACAGCACGUUUGGUGGGCUGGAGGCGAUCAUCACGGCGGUGUUAGAUGAAUAUCCUGAUCAUUUCUCUCAAAGACGUGAACUUUUUGUACUUUGCUUGGUAGUGGUCUGCUUUCUGGGCUCCUUGAGUACUCUUACUAAUGGUGGUGCAUAUGUGGUGAAGCUGCUGGAGGAGUUUGGGGUCGGAAUCUCCAUCAUUGCUGUGGGAUUCCUUGAGGCCAUUGCCGUUUCCUGGUUCUAUGGUAUCAACAGAUUCAGCAAUGAUGUUCAAGCCAUGCUGGGCAAAGCCCCAGGACGGUUUUGGAAGGUGUGCUGGGUUGCCAUCAGUCCAGCCUUUCUCGCAUAUAUCAUAGUGAGCUCGCUCCUGAAAGCACCACCCCUCACCUUGUUUGAUUAUAAGUACCCAGACUGGAGCAUCACAGUAGGAUACACCAUUGGCUUUUCAUCCUUCAUGUGGAUCCCCAUCUAUAUGGUUUAUAAGCUGGUAUGGACACCGGGUUCUCUCAAACAGAGGCUGGCAGUGUGUCUGCGACCAGAGAGAACCAUUCCAGAUAUCCACGCCAACAGUCUCAACAUGGCCAACGUACCAUAACAAACAGCACACGGGAAAACACACUGAUGUCUCCACUGUAUCUGUUACGUUUUUAUCUGUGACAUAAUGACUGUUUGCAGCUCACGUGGUCUGCUGUCUUUCGGCUCAUCAAGUUUGACUUCCUCUGUUGACAAUUCUUUAUUAAAAGUUCCUCCCAUGUUAAUGUUAGCCCCUUAGGUAUCUUUAAUAAGAUUUUAAUACAAGUUUUUUUCAUUUAUUUGUUAUCAUGUUAAGGUGAUGUGGCUAUAAACUUAAGAUACAAUACCUUUAUUACCUUUAUUAAUCCUAAGGGCGAUUUGGUGGAGCUGUAGUGAUAAAAUGACUGUGCAAUUAGAUUGUUUAAAACAUAGACUUUGCCUGAUUGCUUCAGUUAACUUCAAAUAGCCUAUUUUGCCUUAAUCUGCCUAUAUAUAAAUGUGUAUAUAUAUAUGUGUGUGUGUGUGUGUUUACAAAAAUAUGUAAAGGUUGUAUUGAUAUUGUGCCUCUCCAGAUAGUGUUUUCAUUUUAUACCUGAAGACACUCAAACGUUGAAUUGUGUGUGAAUUUAUCUGAUUAACAAGCGCUUUACAUCAACUUUUUAUCCAGUGAGUAGUGUGAUGAGAAAAGUGACAAUUGCUGUGCGAUUUAACCUUUCUGUAUUUGUAAAUGUCCAAGUUAAUUAUAGUAUAAAUUAUAACUUGUGUCUGUGCUGCUUUUUGGUCCUGUGAUA